AGUGAAGUUCUUCCAGAUCUGCCCUGGCCAGUUUAGAUCCAUUGGAAAUAGCAGCGGAUUCCUCUCCGCUAACGCUAACGUCUACCACCGUCUCCAUCCAGUGAUAUUAUUGUGCACAAAACUUGGCGGAAACAUAUUAUUGAGUUCUGGCCACCUAGAUCAUGUCAAUGGCGUGGCCCGAAGUGUAAUAUUCAUAUCCCUAUCGUCUCAGUGAAGCCCGACUUCCCUGAAGCUCGAGCCAAAGUGGUCCUAGUUGGGACAAAACAUCUCUCUCAGGGGCAGUUUUUUCCACUUCCGUUCCUGCUCCCAUUCGUGUUCGUUUUUUGCCCUAGUUUAAAGUGUAGCUUCCAGAAGGAACACCUCCGACCAUAGGGUUCGUUUCCUCGUUCCACAUAGAUUACGACCUCCCAGGCAAAAAUCCGAGAUCCGAACGAGCCCCUCCAAAAGAAGGAAAAACACCCAAGAAGAACCAGGAGAGCUAGUAGAGAACAUUCAGAGGUGAAGCCAGCGCUUAGUAUGUCUUCAAAACCGAGAACGAGACCGAGCUGAAUCCUUGGGAAUGCCGUCAACGUCAACGUGCAAAUAACGCCGAUCGGUUUUUAUUCGGCCUCCUCCUCGCUCGUGGGAGCGAAAAGUUUGGUUUGGUAACCAGAGAAAUUCCGAUCACGUUGACAUAUUUCUGUGGUGGCCAACCAAGCAGUUCGUUAGAUCCUCACUUGACUAGAGUCUAGCACUCUUCGGCGAGUCAGUGGCAAAGAGCUCAUUCCACAACACCAAUGAUAAUAUCAUAAUGAUAAUGGCCAAUGGUCACCCUGGAAAGCUGCUUGAAAGAAGGAGCUGAGAUUGCCCGGGUGUGAAACAUGUGAAGUGGCUCGUUAUUGACACAGUAAUUACACUCAAUUACAACCUACAUACAACAAGUGAUUCGAGACACAAUGGAGCUCAAAGUGUGGGUGGAAGGCAUCCAGCGGAUUGUGUGUGGAGUCACCGAGAAAACUACAUGUCAGGAUGUGGUGUAUGCUUUGGCACACGCAACGGGAAAAACGGGUCGUUUCACAUUAAUUGAACGAUGGCGGAACAACGAAAGGCUCUUGGCUCCUCAAGAAAACCCACUGAAGGUGCUUCAAAAAUGGGGUGAAUAUGCGGCCGACGUCCAGUUUAUUCUACAGCGGUCUGCCUUGGAUAAUAUGUCGUCCUUGGGGUCCAAGUCGGGGUCCCUUCCUGCAGCGUCGUUCUCCCCCACUGCCAACCGAAAACCAAUGACCAAAGAUCAGCAACAGCCUGCUGCGGUUUGGAAACCGCCCCCGCCGGCUAAUCCUCGAUUAUCCCCGGAUUCAGGACGAGGUUCAGACCGCACAGUGGGGAGCGAUACCUCCCACAGUGACAAGGAACAGCAAUCUCGUGGUGGACGUGUGUCUAGUCAAGGUCAUCCUUAUUCGGGUUACAACCCCAAUGGGACCACUCCACACAUGAAUGGUUACCGGUACCCCAGUGGUCCACCCCCGACCAGUAAUGGUUACCCUCCAGCGUACAGGCCACCUCCCCAGCCCGUGCCAAGAAAUUCUAGUCCAGCCGCUUCGUCCUCAGCCUCCGAGUUUCCGCCCCCUUACCGGAACCCACCUCCACCGCCUCGCUAUAGAAGUGCCACCAAUUAUCCUGUGGCGCCAACGGGUGGGGGUGUGGUCCGCCCUCCACACUACAGUCCUCCUCCUACACAUCGCAACGUUUUAAGUCGGCAUCCUUCGAGGUCUUCACUGAUUGGGUCGUCAACGAGGAGUAUGAACCAGCAUGGACUACCCGCACCACCCAAUGGAUCCAGACCAAUGUCUUCACGGUCUAGUUCGAAUAUGCACCAUCGCCAGAAUCAGUACAAGGGACUCCCUCCGUCGGACCUCCAUGAGUUAAUGAAUUUGGUGUCUGCUCAACAAUCCACCCUUUACUCUCAACAAGCUGAGAUCAAACAAUGUGACGCCGAAACUACGUACCUAGAGAACUUCUAUCAACAGCAACAGCUUCCUCCACAGUCUGCCUCGACAUCGAACCUUCGGAAUCCAUUAGCCAUACAAAAUGGAACAAACUUGCCCUCGUCGAUGUCAUCAGGCUCUCUUUAUCAGCAAUCCGAAGGCCAGAUUGACCUGGUUCUUUCGGAAGUGCGAAGGCUGGAAGAGGUCGCCCAACGAAAUGAGGAUGAGCUCCAUGUUCUGAGUGUAGAUGGUAACCAUCAGCUAAUUGGCGGUGGCAAGAAGUCAAUGAGUAACUCCAAGGAUGAUGAGAGCCUAAUCAAGAGUGAGCUAUCCCAUUUAAAACAAAGACUGGCCGGAACGGAUCAAGAACUUCAGAAAACCAAUUAUACUUUGAGGCGUCUCGGUGAUGAGAUGCGGUCAAUGUCCAUGGAAAAGAACCGGCAACGCGAGCAAGAACUUUCCCAAGAGAUUGAGCGACUUCAUAACGAGAUCAAGUUGUUGCAGAGAAACUCGGAAGAGGGCGCCACCCUCAGUCAACAGUUGAGCAAAGAGGUCAAGGAUGUCGAGAAUCAGAUUUCUCAAAGAAAAGCAGAAGUAGAGAAGCUGAUCAAAGAGAUGAGGGAUGCAAACAUGGAGUCAUUAGCUAUUUCACCUCCAGAGGAGUCGAAACAGUUCGUUGAAGCGUAUCUGAACUAUUGCAUAGGUCCCAUGAAGCCUGGUUCUCAAAGGAAGAUGCUGAGUAGCCCUAGAGCCUUGGAGAGCGCAGUUCCCACAGCGAAAAACCCUCAUGGUGUGUGGGUGUGAUAGAUAUCAUGUCAAUACAUUGGAAUACGUAUUGAGGAACCCAGGUGCCUUCGUUUGCUAUUGUUAUCGUUAUCGUUCAUUGAUCCCCCGCUACAAUGAAGAAGACUUUAUUCCUAUACCACUCCGUGCCAUAAACACAAAACUGAUCCUCUCUAUUUUUCCAAUGAGAAACAAAAAAUCGACAGUUUACCAAGACGAAACGUGGUCUCUCAGAUUAUAGGUUACAAUUUGUUUUGUUGGUUCAGAAAAAAGUAAUGCUCAUAUUUACCAGUUAUGUUACUUCGAAAUCACCAUUAAACAUCCAUAUCGUCCAAAAA